AUGCCGAAUGGUGCACAAAAGGUGCCCCAAAAGUCACGUGAUAAUGCGCCCACUGCCCGCCAUGGGUACCCAGGAGGACCCCCGCGGGGGUGCAACCGGGUGAUGGCGGUGGUAACUGAGGUGCUGCCGUCCAAUGUGUACUCAGUCAACAAAAAUCUCUGCCUUGGGAUCUAUCACUGCGCGUGUCGUGAUUCGAGCGGGAAUUUCAUUCGUCUGACCCGCCCAAAGAAGGAGAAGAGGCCACGAGAAGCCCAACAAAACGAUCGAUGUCCCCAGUGCCGCACAAAUCUGGUUUACAUCUCAUGUGACGCGUCGUACACAACUUACAACUACGAAGACGCCAACGGAGCCGAGCACAUUGUCCGACAACACGAAGGCUACCAUUCCCAUGCUCGACCACCCACAAAACGGCUCAGCGCAGCUGAAACACAUGAACUGGACAUCCAAGUCCGUCAGAACCCAACUCAGAUUGCACAACAGCUUCGAGUGGGCGCUGAAUUGGGUCAGACUCCGAUUGGAGUCAUCAAUCCCACUUUAUUCGACUCACGGAAGGCUCGCUCUGAGGUCGAACGGAGUAAAAUUCGGCUCGGGAUCGUUGCUCCGACUCGCUCAAGACAGAGUGGCUUUGAUCUGGUUGACACAAUGUCUAGCCUGCGUGAUAUGUUCCAGACGCCAUUUAUCAUCAAGUCGGAGCUCAUCGGCGGUCAGUUCGUGGUCAUGCAAACGCCGUUUAUGCGGGACGUGCUUUUGCGUGAUCAGAUUCAGUCCUGGUCAGAAGAAAGACUCGAGGUGGAAAGUGGACGCCAUGGUCUUCCAACAGAUGGAUGCCACGAUUUCUUUAACCGUGGUGUCUUACUUACAUCCCUGGUAUUCUCCCCGACACUUCUGCGAUGGUGUCCUGUGCUCUACACGUGGAUCGGACAACUUGACGAGGCGCAUCACAAGUCGCAUUUUGAUCAACUCCUUCUGGCCAUAGCAGAGGUCUGUAUUCGAAGCCUAGGCCACGAAUUCAAUCCACUGCUAUUCAGCACGGUCGUUGAUUUCUCAGCUGCUCAAAGGAAUGGCUUCAUUUCCGCAUUCGUCGAAUUCAUGUGCGCCCGAAUCCCUGGAUGGAACAGUCUCAGUGAUGAGGCUCGAGCGGUCGAAAAAAGUGCGCUUCGAAAGCAAGCUGAAACGCUUUUAAAGGGCUGCGUUGUCCACUGGAAACGAUCACUGCACAAGAUCAAGCAAGUUGUCGGUGUCAAGUAUUCCUAUCGCUUUGACAGCCUGGUUCGUGUGCUCGAAAGCGAGCACGCCUCUUCAGAGGAGUUCCUUGAUGCAGUCGAAAGCAUUCGAAACGAGUUCCCGGAAAUCCGGCCAUGGUUGUCCUGGUGGACUCUCGAAGGAAACGGGCAACUCAUUUUUCCGAGUAUGGCUUCGAUGCCAGCUCAGCUUCGUGCUCGCAUUCCAGACUCAACAAAUGCUGCGGAAUCGGCUCACUGGGUCUUAUAUCGUGCGGCCGGAACUGGCCAUGAUCUGGUCGAAGGGAUCCGACGCCUAUAUGUCUUUUCACGUGAGACAGAACAGCUUCACGAAGCAAUUCUCAGCGGACACGUUGAUCCAAAGUUCGGCGGAACAAAACCGCAACCAAAAUCACAUAUUCAGUGGCAUGAGAACGAUGGCCGUGCUCCAGAUACACGGGCCCGACUCGAAGCUCUGAGCCACCUGGAGGCAGAGAGUAAAGUCCAAGCCGCGGCUCUCACACACGAUGAACGAUUUACAGCCUGCAAUGUGCCUGAGGCAAUCAAAAAAAAUGCAGAUAAGCCGCCGUCGGUUUCCCCCUCCUCUCUUGUUCUCCAAUCGUAUAAAUGGAACUCGAUGUCUUGUUUCUUGGACGCCUCGCUUGAGGCGCUGUACCGAUCUUUUACUUCGCUUUCAACGACUCAAAGAAGUGACCUCAUGGCUCUAAUCCGCACCGAUGCUGCCUCAACUGGUCUGCGGGACAUUUUCGAACAUUUUUGGACUCGUGGUAUUGCUUCUGGCGAAUGGAGCUCGUCGUACCUGCAUGCGAAGAAUUUCCGCAACACAUCAAGGCCCUCGCUGCAUUGGUUGAAUGCGUGUCUGUAUUUCGGGCAAGAACGCGCCAAACUCCUCUUGGGCAGGAUAUGGGAUGGAGGGGAUAGAGUAGACGGACAACCAGGCUGUUGUCGAACUUGGAUGAAUCAGAUGUUACGGAUCGAUACAACUCUCGCCAUCCAGAGCCAAUUUGGGAUUGGAUAUCAGGUUCAUUUUACCUGCAAGGCCCAUACGCGUCACCAAACUACGCAAUUUAUCCGCCCAAAAAUCGAGUUUGGGCUCCAUCGUGAUGAUAUAUUGAUUGCACAAGCCUCUUCUGACGGACGGGCCACGCUUCAAGACUAUUUUCUGCACUUCAUUCCUCGUGAUUCCUUACAGGGAAAGACAGCACAACCAUUGCAUCGAUCACAGCCCAUUCCCUGCGAGGACGGCUCUCAUUGCGCCUCGGAGUCCACAGUGGCAUCCAUUGUCAUCGAGUUUCCUCUCAUUCUACGCAUCGGGACCGGAACGUUGACAGAUAAUCCAAACGAAAAUGGGAUCUGGCCCUGGAAAGGAGUCGAUUGUCAAUGCCCUGUCUUUCCACUCGAGUUCAGUAUUGGGCCCGUGAACUACAGACUCGUGUCGGCUGUCAAGUUCGUUCCUGGCGGUGUUGGGCACUUUAUUUCGACGAUUGUCAUCAACGGCACGGUGUACUUGUACGACGAUACGCGCUACAACGGUGUUCUGCAAGAGAUAGGGCCGCUCUCUGACAUCACAAAUUGGGACUUUUCGACAAACUAUGUGAUCUAUGUGCGGACAACGAAAGAAUCGAGACUCAACCGAUCUGUCGAAGAGAUUGAACAAGACUAUACCAAGAUACCGUCUAUUGAUUCUCAAAGUAAUCCUUACCGCAUCGUCGAUCCGACUCCUGUUCCAGAUCGACCGACGACUCCCACGCGAGCCAUGCCAGAUUGGUUGAAGCACCACGAAACCCCACAUGCGUCCAGCGACAAUCAGAGCAGCGAAUUCGAGAUGUUGGGAGCAAUCACGUCUUCAUGGGAUGAGCUCGAGGUCGAGCGAAUGAUCGCAGAGACGCUGGAUCCGGUGCAGGCGUCGCCAGCUCACAUCGGAAAACACCUGCUGAGUAGUAUGGACAAAUCGCCUUCCCCACCGCCAGCGAUCGCCACUUUAUCUGGAGCAGAUGAAGCUGAUUCGGACUCGAGCGACUCGGAGUUAGAAAUGGACUCGGGGAAAGCUGUCGUGGAAGAGGGCAGUACGCUUCGAUGCGAUGGGUGCUCAGAGCAAGCUCAGUUUGCAAAACAAUCAAAGCGGGCUAAUGGCGGUCUGGUGCCCUGCGAAUCAUGUCGCCAGUGCUCUCACAUCAGCUGCCUGGAUUCCGACACGAAUUGGCUCUUGGAUCGUGUGCGAUUCAUCUGCAAGUUGUGCGAUAAUUCGCACCCAGGCUCGAUUCUGGCUGUUCCUUAUCCAGCGACCAACGAUCCGGACGAUUCUGGGAGCAGGUUUUAUCCUGCAGUUCUUGUUCGGCGUCAUGUUGAGCGACGAGGGCAGUCAGACGAGUACGAAUUCAGCUGGUCCGAGUUCCUGGAUGGCGUUCUGUUCAACGCUCCAGAUCGACCAACUCAGCUGGAUAACUUCUUUCUGCCUCAUGCAACUUUCGUUCGCUACUCAAAUAUGAUUCAUAAGGGACGCAAAAAAGUCCCAGACUCAAAGAUAGGGACAUAUCGCGUCCCAUUCUACCUCAAUCCGAAGGCGGAGAUCCAUGUGAACUCGAACCUUGCUCAAGUGUUUUCCGCUGCUAUCCCGGUCGUUGGCAAUGUCCUCCGAUUGUGGGACCAGCGUCAUGUGGUUAUCAAGGCCUGGAUUCGCUACAGCAGGGAGCAACGAAAGAAGAAGAAACGCCUCGGCCCCGAUUCUUGGGCGUCGAAGCUGGGUCUGAUAUUCACUGAAGAACUCGAUCAGACCCUCGGGUAUGCACUGUCCCGGCUGAUGAUCCAUACGACGUUGGCUGACAUACCUUUCCAUGAACGCAAUGAGCGCGUGCAGAGCGUCGGUUGCGUUCUCUUCCACCUCCUCUUCGUCCAGCGGGAGCUUGGAGAGCCCUUUGACGCUGGCGGUGCUUCUUUCGACGAUCUCCGCUCGGAAUCCAUUCUGGCUUGUCCCCCAAAGCACGUGGAUGCGGUCGAAACAGCGAUGUUCCAAAUCUGGCGGGUCCGCUGGAAUACGGUGGAUGAGUUGGGGGAGGCGCGAAGAAAAUUCCGUGCAAAUCAUUGCACAUAUGAUGCGCACCAUACUUGGCCGGUCUAUCGCCGGGUUAGUGGUGCCGCGCCGCUAGAUGCAGUCGUGGCAGUGAUUCCAGAGCACCUGCGUAGCGAGGAGGAACAAGAGCCCGCACCCCCGGAGCGACCGAAGCCGAAGCCGCGCAAGAAGGUUGCGACUGUGGCUAGCGUCCGCAAACGCUCACGCGCCGAGGAAGAACAAGAACCCGCAGCCCCGGAGCGACCGAAGCUACGCAAAGACAUUGUGACUGUGGCCAGCGUCCGCAAACGCUCACGCGCCGAGGAAGAACAAGAGGAGGAUCUCCCCGCUCAGAAACGACCAAAGCGGCAGCAGCGCAAGAGGGCUGCUGCGCCGGCCAGCAAGACCCCAGCGCCGCCUCAAAAGAAGGCUCGAGUGACUCCGGGAAGAAAAAAGAGGGUUUAG